UAAGAUCUAUUAAGAUGAGGCAUAAUCUACUAUGCAGCACUACUUCAAGAAGAAUGAUUUUGUUUUUGAGAUGACACGUAACUAAGGCAUAAGGGAAUAUCCUGUUUGUUGUUCUGGAGAUUGUGGGCACUGGCCAAGACCAUGAGCAUCCAAAGUAUGGUGCUAUUCAUUUUGUGCAGGGUCUUUUCCUUUUGCUGUCGAAUCAUCAGAAGAUGGAUUUUUGAGUUUAGGAUUUCAGCUGGCAGAAAUCUAACUUGUAUGAGCUCUGGAAGGGCCUUGUAAAGUUGUCUUAUUUAUCCUGCGCAGUGUUCCAUGUACUGUUUAGAGCUAUUUCCUGGAUUUGGAUCUCGUUUUGUGUGCUGCUGAUGGAAAUCGCUCCUUUACUAUUGCCUUUCUUUUUAUGUGGUCAGGGCACGUCGUCCUCUGUUAACUAUGAUUCAUCCCUGGCUGGCAUGGUUUCCAAAACAAAUGUCCUCAUCGUUGAAGGUUAUUUAUUUGAACUCCCAGAUACCAUCAAAACCAUAGUAAAAGCAUGUGAAGUAGCACGCAGGGGUGGUGCUUUAGUUGCAAUGACUGCCUCUGAUGGAUCAUGCAUCGAGAAUCACUACGAUGAUUUCUGGGAAGUUGUUAGAGAGUAUGCAGAUAUCGUGUUUGCAAAUAGUGAAGAAGCUCGAGCUUUUUGUCACUUUUCCUCAAAGGAAAGUCCUGUCUCAGCUACAAGGUACCUGAGCCAUUUUGUCCCACUAGUCUCGGUUACAGAUGGCCCCCGGGGCUCUUAUUUCGGUGUGAAGGGAGAAGCAAUCUAUAUCCCUCCUUCCCCAUGCAUCCCGGUGGAUACUUGUGGAGCUGGGGACGCGUACGCCUCGGGUGUCUUGUAUGGGAUUUUGCGGGGUGCAUCUGAUCUGAAAGGCAUUGGCGCCUUAGCUGCAAGGGUUGCAUCCACAGUCGUCGGGCAACAGGGCACCCGGCUUAGGGUCCAGAAUGCUGCUGAGUUGGCAGAGUCUUUUGCGUUUAAUGUCGAGAAUUCCGGGAUCCGGUCGGAUGUUGCUUCUGAUCAUGUUUCGAGCUUGUAGCCUGGUGCUUGAGGCCAUUUUCUUGAUGAUUUUUCCCAAUGUCAAUGGGAUCUGUCAUUGUUGAUAGCAAUGUAUUCAAGUGGAUUCGGACAUUCUUUUGAUUUAUAUAAGUGGAGUUUUUUUUUUCUUAAAA